AUGUUGCGGCCGGCGACCCCCAUGUCGCUGCUGCUCUUAGCGGCCUUCGCCCUGAUGCUGCUGUCUACUCUGUCUACCCCGAUCAUCAAAGCUAUUCCGCUCGGCAGCUUUCAGGGUGUCACCUUUGGAGUUUUCGGUGUCUGCAAGGCUGAUAACUCCUGCACCGGUAUCGAAAUCGGAUAUGACACCUCUGGAUUGUUUCAAAAACCGGGCGCCUUUGACCUCCCGGACUCGGCCCGAAACACCCUUUCCGCCAUUUUGAUCGUGCAUCCCAUUGCCGCCCUGACGACACUCAUCAUGUUCAUCUUGGCUGCGGUGGCUCACCUUCACUCACCCUCUCAUUCGGCUAGGUACCUUCUCGCCGUCUUCAUCUUCUCUUUUGUCGACUUCCUCAUCUGCCUCCUGGCUUUCCUGGUCGAUGUACUUCUCUUCGUCCCGCACAUGGCCUGGGGCUCAUACAUUGUCCUGGCCGCCACGAUCUUGGUCGGUCUCAGUGGAAUGGUUGCCUGCGCCAUGCGACGUAUGCUGGUCAGCAGGAAGGCAAGAAAGAAGAGGAUUGCCGAGAACGCGGAAAUGAGUGGCGAGAACUACUACAACCGCGAGGCCCAGACCAAGACACCCGGAUCCAUCGUCUCGCAGCCGACCGUCCCUGUGGUCAGUGGUGGAAAUGGUAUCGACAAGAUGCCCACCUUUGCGUCAUUCGAAUCUCAAAAGAAGGAAGACCAAGUUAGCGACGAGCGCAUCCCUCUUACAGCACGGAGCCCUGUGGAUAGAAACCAGGGCAACAUGGCGAUGGACCCCGGCAACGAUAUGGGCGCCUACGGCAACGCUCCCCCUUCAAGAUCUGGCUCUGCUCCUCCUAUCAACAGGGACCCGUACGGCAACCCCAUGCCAGGACCUGAUGGAUACGGUCCCAGGCGAGGUCCUUCUCAAGAACGUAUGAGAGGAAGAGGCGGCAUGCCUCCCGGAGGAUUUAGAGGACGCGGUGGAGGUUACGGCGGUGGAAGAGGUGGGUUCAACGGCAACGGAUACGGCCCCCCACCAGGACGAGGCGGAUACGGUGCCCCGGCACGUGGUGGUUACGGCCCUCCCCCGGGAGGUAGAGGUGGCUACGGACCCCCUCCUCGCGGCGGCUAUGGCCCAGGAGGUAUGCGUGGUGGACGACCUCCUCCGCCAGGCUACCAAAACGCUCCUGGACCCUAUGACCGGAGACCUAGUCCCGCAAACGCGUACGGCGCCCCUCCCGCUGGCCCCUACGGACGACGCAACUCGGGCUCUGGAGACUCAGCGCCGGGUUACAGCAGUAUAAACAACAGCACAAACCCAUCGCUCCCGAGCAUCCCUCAACAACAACAGCAAGGUUACGAGGCUUACAACCCGGCGCGGACUAGUCUCCCGAGGGCUGAAUCUCCUCCACCCCUACCUGGCGACGCCCAUAUGGUGGGCCAGGCCGUCGAGAUGGAUGCGAGAACCGGCAGCCCUGCUCAUCCGCCUGCGGGCUUCGGUCAGUUCAGAGACAGCGAUGCCGACAUCGCCGGCAUGGUUGGACUGCAACAAGGCAGCGACAACAACAGGCCUAAUGCGCAGCAAAGACAUGACACCUACAUGAGCGAGGGCAGCAGGUACAGCACAGACGAAUAUGUCCCCCCACGUGCAGCCUGGAACCCGAACCAGCCCCCAUCAAGAAAUGCUUCCCCGCUUUCGCGUGUUGAAAUGCCUGGGCGAAGCUCGCCUGCGCACGCGCAACCUACAGCGAGCGACUACUACGAGGAUGUCGACCCGCGCUUCGCGGAUGCCCCGGCACCCGCUCCCGCUGCCAGAGCAGGCCCUCCACCUGCCCUUCAGGUACCUCUAUCCGCGCCCAAUAUGUAUGCAGAUACUCAUGCAGAUGCCGGUGCGCGUAGUCCUGGCGCCGAGUCUGAUCGGUCCAACUUCACUUCAAUAUCCCAAAGGGGUAUAAACCCGAGGUGGAACCCUCCCCCAAUGCCUUACGGCCAGGGACCGCCUCGGCGACCACCACCCCAGCAGCGACGACAAGACAUGCUGCUGGCCAACAACCCGGACUUCGAGCUGCCUUCCAACCGCCUCGGCCCCCCGUCGCGAGCGGGAGGAAAUGGCAUGAUACCCGGCAGCGCGUAUCCGGGGCUAUAA